AUGAAGACCGCAUGGGUCGCCGUCCUUCUGGGCGCUUUGCUUCAGGGACAAUCCGCAGUGGCCCACAAGCCAGUCGAUACCAAACCCUGCACCACCACCACCACCAGUGCCAGCACCGGCGUUGAUUGCCACACAAUCCCACAGAAUCUCCUCAUCAAUCCAUCCUAUGAGACUGGCAAGAUUAACCCUUGGGAGAAGCAUUCUAGCUCAGUUUGCUCGCUUCCCCUCGUUGUUGUUAGCGACUCGUCGGAUGAUGGCAACUACGCCAUGAAGAUUGGGCCUCUCCCCGGCUACUGGGCAGUUCAACAAACCGUGAAGGGAUUGAAGAUUGGCACGACAUACACACUGUCUUUUGACUACAAGCCUACAUCUGGAACAUCCUUUGAUCUAUUCCUUGAGCUCGAUGACCAUCUGCUGGCGACUACAGUCUCCCGUUAUACCCCCGGUGCAGGCUGGAAGACCCUCUCCGCUACCUUCAAGGCGACUUCCAAAUCGCAUACGAUGGUGAUCUUGAUCAGCUCCCGGGGUGGAACUCUCGAAGUCGACAAUGCCAAGUUUAUCGGUCCUGAGACCACCCAGGUGUGCACGACCAACACUAUCAGCUCAACCCCGACAGUCGCUCCGACCUCCUCGGCCAUUCCUUCAUCGGUUGCGCCAUCCACUACCCCUGCUCAAGUUGCCUCCUCAAGCACCGUGGUGGCAUCUUCUUCGCCUUUCCAGUCUAUCCCAGUCGUGGUGCCUACCUCCACGCCUGUGGUACUGUCAUCCACCCCAUUGGUGACGAUCACUUCUUCGACUAUUCCUUCGUCGCAGAUCAUUCCAUCGUCUAGCCCUAUCUCCUAUACUCAAAUUCCGGUGUCAGUGCCAUCGUCGUCUCCUUCGGCGAGCCCAUCGGCUCCCCCGUCAUCAGCGAUCCCGUCGUCGGUGGUUCCUUCGUCAGUGGUUCCUUCGUCAGUGGUUCCUUCGUCAGUGGUUCCUUCGUCAGUGGUUCCUUCGUCAGUGGUUCCUUCGUCAGUGGUUCCUUCGUCAGUGGUUCCUUCGUCAGUGGUUCCUUCGUCAGUGGUUCCUUCGUCAGUGGUUCCUUCGUCAGUGGUUCCUUCGUCAGUGGUUCCUUCGUCAGUGGUUCCUUCGUCAGUGGUUCCUUCGUCAGUGGUUCCUUCGUCAGUGGUUCCUUCGUCAGUGGUUCCUUCGUCAGUGGUUCCUUCGUCAGUGGUUCCUUCGUCAGUGGUUCCUUCGUCAGUGGUCCCGUCAUCAGCGCCCUCAUCCUCGGACGUGCCAUCGUCGACGUGGUCUCCGAUUAGCACCCCGCCUGUGUCAAGGAGGCCAAUCUCCACGCCACCCUCGUCUGCCCUUCCCUCGUCUACUAUUCCAUCGACCACUUCUUCGUCUAAGCCUGUGCAGUCUUCUACCACAGUCGAUUUCUCGAGCUCCUCAAUUCCCUCCUCGGUUCCCGGAGGAUCGUCUCCAUCAUCUGCGGUUACCCCGCCGGCAUUCACGACUUCUACAGUUUACAGCACUAGCACCGCAACCAUUACUGCUUGCCCAUCGACAGUUACGGACUGCCCUGCAUCUGACAAGACUACCUUCGUGACAACCCAGACUAUUGCCGUCUCGACCACCGUUUGCCCUAUCACCGAGACCAGCGCUCCCCAACCUACGGCCACAAUUAGUCAGAACAAUGGUGGAGAAUUGACUACUUCCACUGUCUUCAGCACUCGCACUUCCACGAUCACUGCAUGCCCCUCCAGCGUUGUUGACUGCCCAGCAAGACAAAAGACCACAUAUGUCACUACCGAAAUCAUCCUAGUCUCUACCACAAUUUGCCCUGUCGCUGCUUCCGAGGUCACAUCCACAGCUAGUGUUGGUUCAAAGCCAAACGGUUCCUCCGGGGAUGUUGUCACCUCAACUGUAUUGACUACCCGUACGGCCACGGUGACCGCAUGCCCAUCAACAGUCACCAACUGCCCCGCCACUGCAAAGAGCACAUUUGUCACCACAGAGACCUUGGUUGCGUCCACUAUCAUUGUGACAAUUGAGACCAAGCCGACUGCGACCUCAAUUCCUGCCGUGGCUACCGGCGCAGCCUCUGGCUCAAACAGCAAUGGUUCCAACGGUACUGGAGUUGGCGCUUCAGGAAGCAAGAACACUGGUGUCGCGCACAUCCAGGCGGGGGCAUCGAGCUCGGCUACAACUUUGCACCGUGUCUCCUCUACUCCAGUGGCGUCAACCCUGCGUUCCACUUCAACCGCCUCGUCCGCUUCGCAGAAGACUGGCGCGGCAAGUGGAACCACUGCUGUUUCUGGGCCAGUCUUCACCGGUUCUGGAUUCUCGGUAUUGAAGACGAUUCCCGUCUAUGACAUGUUGUUGGUGUUUGUUGUUUCUAUUUUCUUCCUUUCUUAG